AUGACCAUCUCCACCAACCAAGAGCGCUACCACGCCGAACGCGACAAACGUCUCCAUGCCAAAGAUCCUUGGAUUCCCGCGGGCACGAAAAUCAACUAUGCUCCUGUUAAUGUCGCCGAAGAAGACGGGGGAGGAGGAGGCGGAGGAAAUCAUCAUGUCAAGCUUGCCAUUUUUGGAGCGGGUAUUGGAGGUAUCUGUGCUGCUGUGAGGGCGAUUCUGGAAGGUGCGGUGCAGAGUGUGGAUGAGUUGGUUGUUGUGGAUCCGGCGGGUGGGUUUGGGGGAACUUGGUAUCAUAAUCGAUACCCCGGCUUGAUGUGCGAUGUAGAGUCCUACAUUUACAUCCCCUUCCUUGAAGAAACAGGCUACAUGCCCAAGCGAAAAUACUCCAGCGGAGAAGAAAUCCGACACGCGCUGGAACUUGUCGCGGAGAAAUUCGGUUUACAGCAUCGUGCCAUGUUUCAAACUCGAGGCAAGUCUCUUUCGUGGGAUGAGACGUCCUCACACUGGGUAUGUGAAGUAUCUGCGCAACCCAAAGGGGGCGAAGAAAAAUCGGUCACAUUCACGGCAGAUUAUGUGGUCAUUGCUUCGGGAGGUCUCAAAGCUCCCAAGAUUCCGGAUCUACCUGGUUUGGCAGAGUUCAAGGGAAAGAUGAUCCAUACUGGACGAUGGAAUUACGAUGUGACUGGUGGUUCGCCUGCACAUCCGGUGCUGAGUGGGUUGGAAGGGAAGAGGGUUGCGUUGGUGGGGACGGGUGCGACGGCGAUACAAGUUGUACCUGCUACCGCUCGAUAUGCGAAGGAACUGUAUGUGUUUCAGCGGACUGCAUCGGCGGUGGACGAGCGUGGAAAUCGCGAUACGGAUCCGGAGGAGUGGGAGAAGAAGAUUGCGGCGAAGAAAGGUUGGCAGGCGGAGCGGAGUAGGAAUUUCCAACAGUUUACCGAGGGCGUGGAGAAUUUGCCGCAGGUGAAUAUGGUGGAUGAUGGGAUGUCGAAGAUGCCGACGUUGAGUGGUGCGUGGGGUGGUCCGACUGCGGUGAAGCCUGAGGAGGUGAAGGAGUGGUUGGAUUCGAUGAAUCAGAUGGAUGACACGCGAUCGGAUCGGGUCCGGCAGAGGGUUCUGGACGUGGUUGAGGAUCAGGAUACUGCUCUCAAACUCCAAGCCUGGUACCCUGGCUGGUGCAAGCGUCCCACAUAUCACGACGACUACCUCGUCGCAUUCAACCAACCCAACGUCUACCUCGUCGACACCGCAGGCAAAGGCGUCCAAGCCCUGACCCCCAACGGCAUCCAACACGAUGGCAAAGAAUACCCCAUCGACAUCAUCAUCUGGGCAUCCGGCUACGGCAACCCCCUUUCCGAUUCCGUCGCCGGCAAAGCCGACAUCACCGUCCUCGGCAAAGCGCAGGAAAACAUGGAAACUCGCUUCCAAGCCUCCCAACUCCUCACCCUCCACGGCACCAUCGCCCAACACUUUCCCAACCUCUUCUUCCCAGGCCUCGCCCAAGCCGGCGUCGGCGUCAACCAGACUCAACGUCUAGACGCACAAGCUACACAUAUCGCGUACAUGAUUCGCGAAGCGGAGCGGAGAAAACUCACCUCCUCCUCCUCCUCCUCCUCCACCACCACCUCUACCACAGCAAAACAUAACCCCACUACUACUACUACUGCCACCAUCAUCGAACCCACCUCCACUGCCUGUAACAACUGGGCCGACCGCGUCGCAGGCCACGCACACAAACUCUCUACCAUGGCAGGCUGUACACCCAGUUAUUUCAAUGCCGAAGGAGAAGCGGAUCGACAAUCUCCUCAGGAACAAGCGGAGACUGCGCGUGCGAAAGCGAUUUGGGGACAGGGGUAUUUGGAUUAUGAAGAGGUGUUGAGGGAAUGGAGAGGUCGAGGGGCGUUGGAGGGGUUGGAGGUUUCUUAG